GAACAAGCUGGCUUCUCCCCUUCCUUAUUUAACCAAAAGGGGGGAAAUUUUGUUUCUAUCGUUAGACUCUUGAGUUACCAUAUGGAAGAGGCUUACGAUUGCGACGAAGGGUGCAGGACGCCGAGGCACGCGGCGUUUCGGAUACCUGUAGUACCUCCCUGUCCACCGGCGCCGAUGAAGAAGAGAGAACCGGCGUACGUGAAGCGGGAUCCGCCGAAGAACGGCUUCUUUCAGCCACCUGAUCUGGAGGUUCUAUUCGCUUUCGUGCCAAGAAGGGAAGCGUGCGCCUGAACCAAAAUAUGAGGAUCAUUUUGCUCUGUAAUUACUUACAUCCUUCUCUUAACUAAUUAAGUAAAGCUGUGGCUUAGGUUCUGAAAUCUUUAGGAAACUGAGAGAUUCUUUGCUUCUGUUUGAAUUGUAGCUUCUCUCUUUUUUUUUUUUCUUUUUUCCGUAGCUCAUUUUUUGUGCAAUGAAGAUGUAAGAGGAGA